AUGGCAGAGUCUCUCCUUGCAAUUUUAUUUGUCACUACUUCCGCGAAAGGCUCAAAUAUAGUGUUCCAUUGGCCCCCAUAUCCGUCAUGUCAGCCGCGGCUUGCUCGUCCUAAACCUCAACGCGAUGCGAAGAGUUUAUUCUUCGACAAUGUAUGGGUCGCUGCAACAAAUUACGACCUAAAGAGUUCGAGUAGUUUAGGAGAGCAACAAGCUGGCUCUGUAUAUGAUGAUCCAGAGCUAGAUGAAUGGGAUUACGAAUGGAAGCGGCCCAACACGUAUCGUGAAGGUGCUCGUUCUAUGAGUUUCGGAGACAACCGCCGGAGGGAUGUUUCGCCAAGUGAGCUUGACUACGAGAGUCUGCUAGGAUAUCCUGCGGAGUUUCUUGCAAAUAUCUUGUGUCCAAAGGACAACAUGUGCCACCAGAAAUUUGAGCUCGUCGUGGAUGAUUUGGCUUUCAUUGGGCACCCAGUUUGUGCGGAGCAAGAUGGUGGGUGGCGAUUUAAGCGGCCGCGAGGACGAGGAACACGCAGUUCUACAAACGAUCCUUCUCCUUCUGAACAUCCAUCUCCUGAACAUGAAGCAAGCCCAAGAGACGAGCCCGCAACACCAGCACUUACGGCAGCGUCUCCACCUCAUACUUUCCAUCUUGUCUUCGUUAUCGACCUGCCGGAUCCCUCAUCCUCUGCUUCCGGAAAUGUCUUCAAAUAUUUUCACGUCAUCUACGAACAGCUUGCUUUUACGGUCACGGCUGUACUAUUCCAGGAACAAGUUCUCCAUCGUUUUGUUGAUACGGAAUGUGAGUCGCUUGGCGCGUUGCGCGACAGUGCCAUCUCCAAAUGUGCAUCCUUUGACGAAUUCAUCGGGCGAGCUCUGGAUGCUUCCUCGCUUGCUCGUGCAAUGAAGACGCUCUACGAAGCAGUCAAGUCAAAUUCGAUCGCGCGACUCGUCCUCAACGAAGUGGGUGUUGAGAUCCAACUUCCUCCGCAGCUGGACCGUCUGUUGCACGCGGAGGAAGAAAAUCCUGAUUUUGUUGAACAUCCAGACCCGGAUGCUGUGAGCUGGGGACCUGAGCUCAGCUUCGGUUGGGGCCUCCCAACGCUGGCUCCGUGGAAGAGCCUGUUGCUGUACGAUAUGGAUGAAGAUCAGAAUGGCCUUAAGACGAACUUGUCUCGGCCAGGUCUUAGUCCAGAUGACCAGUUGCUAGUAGAGGGAUUAGUCCACUUUCUCGACACUGUUUCGAUCUUUGACUCGCUCACUGUCAUCGCUCAUUCUCUGGAUUGGAACCUGGAGCGUCAAGUUUAUCCUACCGUUCGCUGGUUGGUCUACCACCGCAGAGCAAAAAUCGUUGAUACAGUUCACAGAGGGCUACGUAGUGUAUUCGCGCUUUCUUCAAAAGUGGAUCGUCCUCUCACGGAACUCUCAGAAGAGUUCGCAAAAGCCUUCCCACAUCCUGCUAUCCCUCCUCUCCCCAAGCUCUUUGCCUUGAUCUCAAACCCCUCUUCAACAACCUCCUCGUCUUCUGCUCCCUUAUCUCCCUCAUCCAACACACGUUUCUCAUCUCACGCCAUCGACUCAACAACACAAAUCCCAUCCUCAUCCUCGUCUCCCGAUUUCUUCACCUGCGUAGUCCGUUCAAAGGACCUCAUCCCAGUCUAUCAAGACGUAGUCGUCUGGCUUCUCAGACGUGAGCUAAUCGUCGCGCUCCAUCUCCACGUCCGUAUCGUCGCAACGCCCGAAAUCAAAGAACGCGUCCGGAAACGCCGGGCUCGUGCAGCAAAACGUCGAUUUGAAGCUGAGCGCGGGCGGGAGUCAAGGCGCGGCGGAACUGGCAUGGACUCCCAGUUCAUUCACGAUGGUUUCACAACGGAGACCUUCGUCGCGCGCAGCAGUCGGACAAGGCGACUUUCAAGCCGCUCAGCUACGGAUAGUAGUACAGUUGUCGAGGGUGGAAUUACCCAAAGUUUCAAACAACACGACGCGUUCACGAAUCGAGGGAGGUCGAGACUCCGUCGUGUAGACACUGAGGGCGCUGAUAACGGAGAGUACCGAUCACAUUCCCGUUUGCGAUAUUCCGUCACUGAAGAUGACGAUGUUGACAACGCUGAAGAAGCUCUUGAGGACAGCGAUGAAGAAGACAUUGCAGAAGACGAUGACGUGCACAACGAAUGGGACAAUGAUCGAGCGGACGACAACCACCUCCCAUCAAUCAUUCCCGAACCGGGCCAAGCUACUCCACUUCAACGAAAAUGGAUCGAGGCAAUGUCAGAAGGCAAGCCAGACGAAGUUGCGCGUCGCUUCCGAUUGAUCAACCAAUUCUUCGACGGGAAACGCACAGACGACGAAAUCCUAUACUCAGCCGAAAUAACGCGUAAACAACUCAGAGAGGUCUUGCAGCAAUACGAUGAAUUCUUAUUGACUGCACUGCAUCCUGCUUGAUGACUGGACCGUUCAUAAAACUCUACCUCAGUGCAUUCAGACUGGUCGGAGGUGUAUCGUUUGUGCUAAAGCCUGUUCGAUAACUGGCUCAGGGUUUCACACACCUACUGCAAUGGGAAAACCAAAAGCCCAAGAAGCUUGUAUUCUUCAAGCGAACGACACACUGAAC